AUGGGCCCGCUCGACGCCGCGCCCUCCAGCGCCGUCUGCCGCGCCUGGCGCGUCCUCGCCUCCGACAACGGCCUCUGGGCCUUCUUCCUCCGCCUCGGCCCCGAGCCCUGGGACCUCGUUGUCUUCGCCGAGACGCACCUCGCCGCCGGCCCCUCCUCUCACCCGUGGUGCGCUGUACUACGAGUCUACGACAGCUCGCCGCAGCUCUCGUUUAAGCAGAUUUACGGUCUCCGAGCGGUGGUCCCGGGUACUCUCAUAGUGGAUGGUGGAUCUGGGUAUUGCAAGUAUGGCUGGAGCAAGUACGCUGCUCCUUCUGGGCGUUGUGCUACAUUCUUGGAAUUUGGUAACAUUGAAGCACCUAUGUAUGCAAGGCUUCGUCACUUCUUCUCUACAAUCUAUAUGAGGAUGCAAAUAAAGCCUUCGACUCAGCCAGUUAUUGUUGUCCUUCCACUGUGUCACUCUGAUGAUACCGAGUCUGCUAGGGCCUCAAGAAAGCAAUACAAGGAGACGUUGUACUCUGUCUUGUUUGACAUGAAUGUUCCUACUGUUUGUGCUGUCGAUCAAGCAGUUCUAUCUUUGUUGCUUCUAAACGGACCUCUGGUAUUGUUGUGCACAUUGGAUUCAAUACAACUUCUGUUGUUCCCAGAGGUGCCGACCACGGCCUACUUGCCUCUGCUCAGCAGCCGGUGCAGCGACCGCAGCCUGGCUGAGACCGGGGACCACAUCCCGUCGAUGGCCCCGGGCAUCCGGCUCGCCGGCAGCGGGGAGUUCAUGGGCGGCGUGCUCAGGGCCAUGGGCUGCAUCGAGAUGUCGAUUACCAGAUUCUCCUUCCUGCGCCCGGAGGCCGAGGAGCUCGCGGCGGCGGCGCUAGUGCUGGCGACGGGUGGCGGGGGUGUGGCCAGGCCGGCGUUGGUGGGGAACACGGGGAACUCCAGCGACGUGCGGCAGGGCGUCGAGAAACUUUGCUACGUAGCCGCUGAUUAUGAAGCUGAAUUACGUAAAGAUACACAAGCGUCCUGCGAGGUUGAUGGUGAAGGGUGGUUCACUCUGUCAGAAGAGAGAUUCAAGACUCCAGAAAUUCUAUUUCAGCCCCAUAUGGGAGGAAUGCGUGCUAUGGGCUUGCAUAAAGCAGUAGCUCUAUGUAUGGAUCACUGCUAUACUUCAGGAACGGUUGGUGAUGACAGCUGGUACAAGACGGUCAUUUUAGCUGGUUGA